CCAUGUCGCUUAGAGAUCGCAAAUUCCAUCGUCAAGUUCUACAGCUUACGCGAGCAAAAGUCUAGCAAACGAAUUCAAAUUAACACUCGUUGGAGGAACAAGUCAAAUAGAAUAUAUUUAUGUAUAUGAUCUCAUAUUUGAGUAGCCGAGUGAUGACGAUCAUGUUGACAGUAGAAUAAGCGCUAAAAUUAUUUGUUCGCAUCACGUACUCUUCGUAAAAGUGUUAGGUAUUGAAGCCCCGAUACAAUAUCAGGGAAACAUUUCAAUUCUAGCAUUCAAUCUCUCGUUCCCCACGACACGAAUAUGUAUUCUCAUGUGGCUGUUCAUCGGUUGGUGAUCGUCCAUCAUAAUGUCCGAUGAUAAACAGAACGGUUCAGACAUUGUGGAUAGAGCUGCCGUGGAAGUAGCUCAGAUGGCGUUGGAGUCGAAUGAAGAUGCCACUGCAGCACCUGCUGCUUCAAAAGUAACUGCCGAAGAUGCUGGAGGAAAAGGUGCUGCUCCCAAGAAAGAAGAGAAUGGUACCCCGAAAGCCGCACCGGUAUCGAUUGCUGCCUUUAAAGAGCAGUUCAAAGCAUUUUCAAAGUUUGGAGACACCAAGUCCGAUGGAAAGCACUUGACCCUUUCGCAGAGUGAUAAGUGGAUGAAGCAGGCCAAGGUCAUUGAUAAGAAAAUAACAACUACAGAUACUGGAAUCCAUUUCAAGAAACUGAAAUCGAUGAAACUGUCCUUUGCGGACUACAAUACUUUCCUGGAAGAUUUGGCCAAAACUAAGAAAGUUGAGCUGGACGAAAUCAAAAGCAAAAUGGCAAACUGUGGAGCUCCGGGAAUCCACAACGCUACGCCCGGAAAAGCGGCCGAAACGGUGGCGCGGCUGACAGACACAUCGAAGUACACCGGUUCCCACAAGCAGCGGUUUGACGAAACUGGAAAGGGAAAAGGAAUUGCCGGCAGAAAAGAUCUUCCCGACGGUUCGGGUUAUGUAACGGGAUACCAGCAUAAGAACACAUAUGACAAGACGCACUAGAAACGAUGCGAUGUUUGCGCAACGCCCUUCCAUUUUCUCGACAUGUAUAAUCAUAACCCAUGAUGAUAAUAUUUGAAAAAUCAAAAACGAUCGAUUACCAGUUUUCCGCAGUCUUCGAAAUAUUAUGAACUGUCAUUUUUGUUCAAAUUAAUCAUUCGUUAAUGAUGGUAGUUUUAUUAUUUCCCUGUAAAUGUUAAAUUAUGUUGGUCUUUUUUUUGUUAUAUGAUAAAUUACUCUAGUCUUGUUAGUUUGCUUAAGUGAUAAAUAUACACAUAAUGACAUGAAGCGUUACAUUAGCUGUAAAUUUCACCUACAUAGUCAUUGUUUCCGGUACCUAAGGAAGUUCAAUGAGAAUGGAUACAAUCCAAGAGAUAUAUAAGAUCCCAGAUUAAAUAUAACAUAUUUGUAUUUUUCCGCUGAAAAUAUUCAGGAUUGAAUAAAUUUCUUAAACACAUA